AAAAAAUUGACUAUAAUUUCCCAAAUUGAAAUCCCCCCAACGGCGCGUAUCUGCAGAUCAUCACUCUGGUUCCGCAUUUGGCCUCACUGCAGAGGCGAUGGAAACAGACGAACCCCAAAGGGCGAUUCCGUUUCAGCUUCAAUUUGACAAGCCGCUCCCCUCUCAGGUAAAGAUAGCAGAAUGGAACCCAGAAAAAGAUUUACUCGCCAUGGUCACGGAGGACUCCAAGAUUCUUCUCCACCGUUUCAAUUGGCAGCGGCUAUGGACUGUCUCUCCCGGAAAAUGCAUUACGUCCUUAUGUUGGCGUCCUGAUGGAAAAGCAAUAGCUGUUGGGCUUGAAGAUGGGACCAUUUCAUUGCAUGAUGUUGAAAAUGGAAAGCUGUCACGAAGCAUAAAGUCCCAUGCUGUUGCUGUUGUGUGCCUUAACUGGGAGGAAGAUGGAACAAACAGUCGAGAUGAUUGUGGCAAUGUCUCAACUUAUGAAGACCGCACUGCUCACUUCUUUCCUCCUGCACCAAGGAUUCCACGAAUGCCUGGGGUGGUACCGGGGGAUACUGGAUUCAUGGAUGAAAGUGAAGAUUCAUUCCAGGAGCUUUCAAAUUCUUCACAUCAACGAUUUAACAUCUUAUGUAGUGGGGACAAAGAUGGAAGCAUUUGCUUUAGUAUAUUUGGCAUAUUUCCCGUAGGAAAAGUUAAUAUCCACAGGUUUUCUCUAUCUAAUCAACCAAUGGACUGCCGCCCCCCUUGUCGACUCCUGAAUGCUUCCAUAUGCAAGGUUGCUUUGGCGAAGGAUCUUUGUCAUUUGAUAGUCAUUUGCUCUGGGGAGCUUCUAGAAGACGGGGUUGAGUCAAGCAACAGGCCAAUAUCUGGACAUGAUUUGCUUGGUUUUCAUUGCCUAUUGCUUGAUACUUCAAUAUUUUGGAAGAGGAAAAAUGAACUUCACCAGGUGGCUCAACAAGCUUCUAAUAUAGAGGAUUUAAUGGAAGUCAUCCGGGCAUCACUAUCAGUCAUGUCUAAACAAUGGUCUGAUGCCAUGCAUACCUAUCAUGAGAAAUUUGAUUCCCUAUCUACUCUCAUUAUUGAUCAUGGAAUGGAUUCUACUCCCCAGGAGGAAUUCCUAAGCCUUUUAGGAGGAGCACGAACAAGUCCACCAGUUCAUCAAUUUCUAGUCAAUUCUCUUGGAGAAGCAGGUGUCAAGCGUGUGGCGAAGGUUGUUGGUGGUGCUGGGAAAGAGCUUCAGCUUAUUGUCCUUGAUCAUCUGCAGCCUGCUGCAGAAAUAAUUGCAUUUAGAGUGGGAGAAUUAAGAGGGCUUUCAAAAUGGAGAGCACGUUUUCAAGGCAUUGGUUUGGAUGAGACAUUAAUCAGUAACGCAACAGAAAAAGCUGGUAUGCUGCUCAUUCAAGUUGAAAGAUUUAUGAGGGUUCUAUCCUCUGUGGUUCAGCAGUUUUCAAAUUUCUUCAGCUGGCUUCAGAAGAGUGUAAAGACACUAAUGUCAGAACCAAGUGAUCAGCUUCUACCUUUCAGCAGUGAACUUGUGAUUAUAUUCUUGAAGUUUCUAUAUGAUCAAGAUCCUGUGAGGCAAUUGCUUGAACUCUCUGAAGUUGAUCAGACCAUUGAAAUUGAUAUGGAAACUAUGAAAAGAGUAAGAGAAUUAGUUCAAUUUGGAGGAUAUUUGGACACUGAAUACUUGCAACGGACACUAGCCAAAGAAUUUCAGCAAAUGGAGUCUUGUUUCAAGGAAGCUUUUGAGGUGCCCUUUUUGACAAUUUCCAAGAAGUUACUUUUUGAGGAUUUUUUCCCACUGUUUCCAACUGCAUUUUCACCGAACUCUGCAUCCCUAAGUUUUGCCGCCUCAAUUUCAUACUACCAGGAAGCUUCUGACACCGUUACAGAUUAUCAAACACGUAAAACAAGACUUGUUGAUUACAUCUCUUUCAGAAUACCUGAUGAGUCAUUCUCAAAUAUCAGAAAUUGCAUAGCCAUCAUGAGGGGGUUUAUUCAGGAUAUGAGUGGUGUAAACAAGGGAAAUGCGUCACUGGAAGCUGUCUUCUUAUCUAUUCCUGAUGGCUACCACUGUGUGGAUCUCUGUCUCUAUAAAGAAAGUCAAAUUGUUCUGUUAUUAAAUGAAUCAACUAGCAGUUCUGAAAGCUCUGGAAAUGCUUGUAUGAUGAUUGUGCGAGCCUGUGAUCUUCAAUUUGUACCUAUUUCAAGAUUCAGUGGUCCAAACCAUUGGAGUCUGCAUGAGCUGAAGGAUUCUGUCAUGUACCUGCAGAUGGAGAAUGAAAAGGUUCGGAAUAUUCCCCACUCUGUGGUUUCUCCAUUGGCAGUUAGUGCAUCCAGGGGAGUGGCUUGCAUUUUUGCUGCAAGAAGGCGUGCCUUGGUCUAUAUCCUGGAGGAGGAUGAAGAUGAAGUUUCAGAUAUGGAGUGACAAGUCGGCUUUAUUAUUGUAUUAUUUAUUCUGUUUAUUAUUAUUAUUAUAAGAAGCAACUUGGUUUUUUUUUUUUUUUUUGUGUGCUUUUAUUUUUCAAUUUAUUAGGAUGUAGACUGUAGAGUAACUUAACAUCACUCAUACACUGUACAAGUGAUGUGAGCUGUUGUAUGUGAAGGACUGCUAAGCAAUUUAAAUAUUUUAUAUUUUUUCCUUCU